GGAUUAUAAAAUGUCGGAUAUAUUUAGUGGAGAAAGUGGUCUCAAUGACUUUGAAAAGACUAUGCUAUACCAAAAAUAUGACCAAAUCCUUAAAAAGAUGCUGCUAUUUUGCCAUAAUCAGUCUUCUCUGCAUUGACGCUGGAACUACUAAAAAGUGGAUCUCAGCUAUGGGAAGGGAUCUUAACGAGAUUCUCAAGGAAGUCAAGCAAGAAAUGAGACUGAUUCAAGAGAAAGACCUAUAUAUCUACUGAAUGACGCAUUACAUGAAGUACCUUGCUCAUGAGGAAGGAAAAGCGUUUCUUAAGAACGAGCAUAAUAAGCUUCCUGAAGUUCUCAAAGAUAUCUUAGAAGAAAUCGAGAAAAAGGAAAACGCAAUUGAUAAGAUACUUACUGCUAAGACAAAGUAUUAUGAAGCUUAUGACCCUAAGGUGGAUCUAGGUUUAGAUAUAAGCCUUGAAGACUCCUAUUCUGAUUCAAGCGAAGCCGAUAACGAGAUGGAUGUAGAAGGAACAUAUCUUGAGCUUAUCAGAGAGGAUAAGAACAAACUUGAUCCCACUAAUCCUUCAAAUUUGCUCAACCUCGAUUCAUCUUUCGAAAUGAGUCAGAUAUCAAUUUCUGAUUACUUCCAGACUGAAUUGGACAAGCUGCUAAAUGGUAAAUGGGGUGAAUACGUAAAAUUUUGAAUGAGGAAGAAAGACUAAUU